AUGGCCAUGCGCGUAGGCCCAAAGAGCGUCCUGCGACCUCUCGCAGCAUCCAGUGGCAGCCUGCUGCAAGGCUUUGCUCCGAGACACGCCCGACCUCUCGCAUCGCAACUCAGCAACCACCGGCCACGACCAAAGACGCUGCCACGCCUCCCGCCCGCGACCACACGACAAUGCGCCGCGGCGCUGCACACCUCCCCCACCCGGCCAGCCAAGCGGGGCCGAGCCCACAACGGCGAGGAGAUCCCCGAGGGCCCGCCCACGACGGACUUCUCGCGCAUGGACAUGCUGGGCCAGACGCCCGCGCCGUCGACCUCGGUGGACAUCUGCUCGUCGGACGGGUUCAAGCUCAACAGCGGGGUGUCGAUAUACGACGGCAACGGGGUGAUGCUCGUGGGCGGCGAGGCGUUCGCGUGGCGGCCGUGGGGGCCGGACAUGAAGCUCGUCAACGCCAAGGGCCAGUGGGAGGUCCGCGAGGAGGCGUUUGCGGUGCUGGACCUGCUGUGGCCUCGGCCUGAUCUGAUCAUCCUUGGUCUGGGGCCUGAGAUGCGGCCCCUGAGCCCUGCGACGAGAAAGUACCUGGGCAGCCUGGGGCUCCGCGUUGAGGUCCUCGACACGAGGAACGCGGCUUCUCAGUUCAACAUGCUGGCCACGGAGAGGGGUGUCGACGAGGUCGCUGCGGCGCUGAUACCGAUUGGUUGGAGAGAGGGCAUCGGAGCGAAACACGACUAG